CGGCGGCAGCAGCGGUAGCUGCGGCUAGUGGGUCCCUCCGGUGACUCCGGGGCGGGGCUGCGGGGAGGGUGCCCACCGACAGACAGUACGACUUCUCCGGAAUGGGGGGUGUGGCUGGUCCUCCAGCAUCUUCCGGGUGGGAGAAAGGGUCCGCUACUACUAGCGGCACAACCUCCAAGGCCUGCUGCUAGAGAUGCUCUUCCUCUCGUUUCAUGCAGGCUCUUGGGAAAGCUGGUGCUGCUGCUGCUGCUGCUGCCUGAUUCCCGCGGACAGUCCUUGGGACCGGGGCCGGCGCUGGCAGCUGGAGAUGGCGGACACAAGAUCGGUGUAUGAAACCAGGUUUGAGGCGGCCGUGAAGGUGAUCCAGAGUUUGCCGAAAAAUGGCUCAUUCCAGCCGACAAAUGAAAUGAUGCUCAAGUUCUACAGCUUCUACAAGCAGGCGACUGAAGGGCCCUGUACACUUUCAAGGCCUGGAUUCUGGGAUCCUAUUGGACGAUAUAAGUGGGAUGCUUGGAGCUCAUUGGGUGACAUGACUAAAGAAGAAGCCAUGAUCGCAUAUGUUGAAGAAAUGAAAAAGAUUAUUGAAACUAUGCCAAUGACUGAGAAAGUUGAAGAAUUGCUGCAUGUUAUAGGCCCAUUUUAUGAAAUUGUAGAAGACAAAAAGAGUGGCAAGAGUUCUGACUUGACCUCAGUCCGAUUGGAGAAACUCUCUAAACACUUAGAAGAUCUUGGUAAUGUUCUGACCUCUUCAAACGUCAAAGCUGUUAAUGGUAAAGCUGAGAGCAGUGACAGUGGAGCUGAGUCUGAGGAAGAUGAGGCCCGAGGAAAAUUCAAAGGAGUAGAGCAGAGUAGUAGCAAUGAUAAGAAAAUGACGAAGAAAUCAACAGAUGAGAAUUUGGAGACCAUUGUUACCAAUGGCUAUAAGGAUAGCUUUGCUCAGGACACACACAGUGACGUUCCUACUGACUCUUCCCAAAGUGCAGGAAGCUCCGAAGAGGCAAAGCCUGCAGACCAGAGCUUGCAGCAGGCUGGAAACACUGCUGUCUCUGUUCACCAAGAUACAAAUGAAGAUCACAGUGAAGAUGCUUCAGGAAUUCAUCAUGUGACAAGCGACUCAGAUAGUGAAGUGUACUGUGAUUCUAUGGAGCAGUUUGGACAGGAAGAGUGUUACUCAGGUGGUGACCCCAGUCAGCAUUUGGACAAUCCUGGGUUUUGCAAAGAUGUUCACAUAUCUCCUGGAAAUGGCAGCAUUGGGAAAACACAGCUGGGAGCAGUUGAGGGAAAAGGUGAAGUAAAGCAUGGAGGAGAAGAUGGCCGGAGUCACAGCGGAGCGCCACACCGUGAGAAGAGAGGCGGGGAGAGUGAGGACUUCUCUAACGCCAGAAGAGGGAGAGGGCAUAGAAUGCCGCAUAUGAGUGAAGGAACGAAGGGUCAGCAAGUAGGCAGCGGAGGUGAUGGAGAACGCUGGGGCUCAGACCGCGGAUCCAGAGGCAGCCUGAAUGAGCAGAUUGCUCUUGUGCUCAUUAGAUUGCAAGAGGACAUGCAGAGUGUCCUUCAGAGACUUCAUAAGCUGGAGACACUAACUGCUUCCCAGGCGAAAUUAUCAUUGCAGACAAGUAAUCAGCCCUCCUCACAGAGACCAUCUUGGUGGCCCUUUGAGAUGUCUCCUGGUGCAUUAACUUUUGCUAUUAUAUGGCCUUUCAUUGCCCAGUGGUUGGUGCAUUUAUAUUAUCAAAGAAGGAGAAGGUAAUACUCUAGUUUUGUAAUUG